AUGGCAGACAAGAUGUCAAUCGAUAAGGCGGAUCCUGCGCAACACCAAAACAACAACAAUCAUCUCAAUGGCCUAAACGGUCAUCCUCGGGACGAGACCGACUCUCUCGUUGGCUCAAGCCCUGAAGGCGAUCAUCACCCUGCGAUACCCUCUGCUGCUAAUGCCACCCAAGAGCCUCAGCAGCCCAAGAGGAAGGGCGGCCGCAAGCCUCUACUAACAGGCAAUGUCAAGAUCUAUGCGACUUCCGAAGAGCGAAAGCAGAGGAACCGACAGGCUCAAGCUGCCUUCCGUGAACGUCGAACUGAGUACAUAAAGCAGCUCGAAGAGACCAUCCGCGUCCAUGAGUCCAACCUCCAUAACCUCCAGGCGGCUCACCGCACCGCCGCCGACGAGUGCUUGAUGCUUCGAUACAAGAACUCGCUACUUGAGCGUAUUCUUCUUGAGAAGGGAAUCGACGUCCAGGCCGAACUUCGUGCAAAGACUGGCAGCCCCAACCUGGGUCCGACUCAUAUGCCUCAGAACAUCGUUCAGCCGCCACCAAUCCAGCGUGCUAUUAUGAACCGACACCACCAGUCUCGCCGAUCGAACUCGAAUAUCGCUCCCAAGGCCGAGCCUGUCCCUGUGCUGCCACCUCCGCUUCAACCUCAUUCGAAUGCUACCUCACCCAAGAACCGCCCGACACCAUCGUCUCACUCGAACUCCCCUAGCAACACAGGUUCCGCCUUCUCUCCUGCUGCCUCAGAUAACAUGUCGAUGCGAGGCUCGAUGACAAGCAUGUCACGCCAGCAGAUGCCCCAACAGCCGCAGCAACCACAGCAGCAGCAAAUGUCUCAGAAUACACAGGCCCCUCGACCUUCAAUGAUGCAGAAUGGUGGUCGCGGACAAGGUGGAUCCGGAGCUUCUUACUAUCCUACCCCUGCUUUCCAGAACCAUAUUGAGCAGCUUGAGCAAGAAUACGAUGCUCAAGCAGAUAUGAUUGAUGAGCCUGAAAUGGAAACUCCGGCUGGCCAUGGAGGAUAUCCGUCUGGCUACAACGGCGAGAACCAACAGCCCAUGAUGAUGUCGCCUGCCUCCAGCGGUCCUGGUCAUCAAAUGACACCAUCCCACGAGCCCGUCCAGCAGCAGCAGCAACAGCAGCAGCAGCCCCAGACUACACACUCUCAGUAUCCGUCAAUGACCCAGUUGUUGGACCAGAACGGUCUUGAUUGGGACCCUUUCGGAUUGAGUGCCAGUAUGGCGUUCCCCAACGGACAGCAAUUUCAGUUUGAACAAGCCAACAUGAGGUGA